UCCGGGUGGGCGCGGUGGGGCGGCUGGGCCGGACGGGAGGCGCGGGCUCGGUUCCCCUCAGCCCUGCCAGUCGCCGGCGGCCCGCCUGGCGCCGGUCCCGCCUGGCAGUCCCUUCACCCGCCGUGUGGCACCGUAACGGGGCUUCCCUUCAGGCGGGAGUUGCGCCUCCCCGGCCGGGGCUAGCGGCUUUCGGUGUAGCGAGGAGCGCGGCCGUCGCUGCCCUCGGCAGCGGCAGAGCCAAGCCGCGGAGAUGGAUGACGAACCCGAACGGACCAAGCGCUGGGAGGGAGGCUACGAAAGGACAUGGGAAAUUCUUAAAGAAGAUGAAUCCGGAUCGCUGAAAGCGACCAUCGACGACAUUCUUUUCAAGGCGAAGAGGAAAAGACUCUAUGAACACCAUGGACAAGUUCGACUUGGAAUGAUGCGUCACCUUUAUGUGGUUGUUGAUGGAUCAAGAACUAUGGAGGACCAAGAUUUAAAACCGAACAGACUUACUUGCACUUUGAAGUUAUUGGAAUAUUUUGUUGAAGAGUACUUUGACCAAAAUCCUAUUAGUCAGAUUGGCUUAAUUGUAACCAAGAGUAAAAGAGCUGAAAAAAUGACAGAACUUUCAGGCAACUCAAAAAAGCACGUAACUGCUCUGAAGAAAGCAGUGGAUAUGAACUGCAGUGGCGAGCCAUCUCUAUAUAACUCCUUAAAUUUGGCCAUGCAGACUUUAAAGCAUGUGCCAGGACAUACAAGCAGAGAGGUUUUGAUAGUCUUCAGCAGUCUGACGACAUGUGAUCCAGCCAACAUCUAUGAUCUAAUUAAGUGCUUAAAAGCAGUUAAGAUCAGAGUAUCUAUCAUCGGCUUAAGUGCUGAAGUUCGAGUUUGUACAGUACUUGCCCGAGAAACUGGUGGAACAUACCACGUUAUAUUAGAUGAAAGUCAUUAUAAGGAACUGCUGAUGUAUCAUGUUAGUCCUCCACCUGCCAGUUCAAGCUCUGAGUGCUCCCUUAUUCGAAUGGGUUUUCCUCAGCAUACUAUUGCUUCUUUAUCUGAUCAAGAUGCAAAGCCAUCCUUUAGUAUGGUGCAAUUGGAAAACAACAGUGAGCCAGGUCUUACGCUGGGGGGGUAUUUCUGUCCCCAGUGCAGAGCCAAAUACUGUGAACUUCCUGUGGAAUGCAAAAUCUGUGGUCUUACAUUAGUGUCUGCACCUCACCUGGCUCGGUCUUACCAUCACUUGUUUCCUUUGGAUGCCUUUCAGGAAGUUCCCCUGGCAGAAUAUCAGGGGGAACGGUAUUGUCAAGGCUGCCAGGGAGAAAUGAAAGAUCAAAGUGUUUUCAUAUGUAAAGUGUGUCAGAAUGCAUUUUGUGUGGAAUGCGAUUUGUUUGUUCAUGAUUCUCUGCACUGCUGUCCUGGCUGUAUUCACGAGCACCCUGCUCCCAUACCUGUAUGAAGUAAUCUCUUCUUAGAAAUUGUCAUAUCUAUGUCAUUCUUGCAUAAAUCUAUUUUGUUUAUUCAGCCAUAGCUUUCGCUGAGGCAUCUCAAAACAAGAAAGAUGUAGAUGAUUACAGAAGGAUGAACACUGGCUUGGGAGCAAACUUUAAUUUUUACCUAACGUAUUAAUGAUUUUGUUUACUGUUCAUAUAUUCUUGAAUUACCUGUAUCUGAUUUAUUUUCUUUGUUCUUGUCUGAAAAGCUCUGGCUUUUUCUGAAUGCUAUUGUGAGUAACAUGUAUAUUUGUAAAUGUGAAAGUGAUAAAACUGGUUUGUAUGAUAA